AUGCAUCAUGAAAACAUAUACACAUUUAUACACACAGUUAAGAGAAUAAAUUCAUAUGAGCUUGCUGUGAUUUGCCAACGUGGACUCAAAUCUAAUCUAAAGAAUAAAUUUCAAUGUGUAUUUGAGGGGAUCGCUAAACAAGGAAACCCAACACUUCUCAAUAAUAUCUACACAGAGCUCUACAUCACAGAGGGUGGAACAGGAGAGGUCAAUAAUGAACAUGAGCUGAGACAGAUUGAGACAACAACCAAUAAACAAGCAAGACCAGAGACUGCAAUCAAAUGUAACGACAUCUUCAAGCCCUUAAGUGGACAAGACAAACUUAUCAGAACUGUGUUGACAAAGGGAGUCGCUGGCAUUGGAAAAACAGUCUCUGUGCAGAAGUUCAUUCUGGACUGGGCUGAAGGAAAAGCAAAUCAGGAUGUCCAAUUUGUAUUUUCAUUCCCUUUUCGGGAGCUGAAUUUGAUGAAAGAGAAAAAACACACUUUGAUUGAACUUCUCAAUCACUUCUCAAUGGAAACCAAAGAAUCAAGAAUUUCCAACUACGACAAGUACAAAGUUCUGUUCAUCUUUGAUGGUCUGGAUGAGUGCCGACUGCCCCUAGACUUCAAGAAGAACAAGAUCUGUUGUGACGUCACAAAGUCAUCCUCAGUGGAUGUUCUGCUGACAAAUCUCAUCAAGGGAAAUCUGCUACCCUCUGCUCUCCUCUGGAUAACUACAAGACCUGCAGCAGCCAAUAAGAUCCCUUCAGAUUGUGUUGACCAGGUGACAGAGGUACGAGGGUUCAAUGACCCACAGAAGGAGGAGUACUUCAGGAAGAGAUUCAGUGAUGAGGAACUGGCCAGCAGAAUCCUCUCACACAUAAAGACAUCAAGGAGCCUACACAUCAUGUGCCACAUUCCAGUCUUCUGUUGGAUAUCUGCAAUAGUCCUUGAACACGUCCUGAAACAUAAGAGAGACGAGAUGCCCAAGACUCUGACUGAGAUGUACACACACCUUGUGGAGUUUCAUAACAAACAGAAGAAUGAAAAGUAUCUUGGGAAAGAAGAGACCGAUCCACACCGUCAGCCAGCCAGGACCUGCCAGAGCCGUCAGCCAGCCAGGACCUGCCAGAGCCAUCAGCCAGCCAGGACCUGCCAGAGCCGCCAGCCAGUCAGGGGCUGCCAGAGCCGCCAGCCAGCCAGGGGCUGCCAGAGCCGCCAGCCAACCAGGGGCUGCCAGAGCGGCCAGCCAGCCAGGAGCUGCCAGAGCCGUCAGCCAGUCCUGAGCUACCCCUCAGUCCGGAGCUGCCCCUCAGUCCUGAGCUGCCCCUCAGUCCUGAGCUGCCCCUCAGUCCAGUGGGGCCCUUUAGUAGGGUUGCCAGUCCUAGGUUGGCGGCGGGGUCGCCCGUUCUAG